AAAUGAAUAAACCCCAGAGGACUGCUGGUCUGGUUGAGUCUAUUCUCUCCUCUCCUCUGUACAACGACAAGAUCACAUCUUUCAGGUUCUUCACAGUGCGCACCACUGAACAGCUCGAGCUUAAUAGCAAUGAACCAUUUGUUGAGAUGGAGAAGUCUUGCCAGACUGACGUUCAUGCUGCUAUAUUUUCUCAUUGAAGUACUCUGUGCUUCCCAGCAAACAGUCCAGUCUGAGAUUCAGCAGGUGAAAGGCAUCGUGGGACAGUCUUUCUCUUUUCCAGAGAGGGUGAUCAAGUCUGGCAAUUUACUUUAUGGAGAACUUGGCAGUAUUGCAAAUGUGUACCCUGGUAAACGAGGCAAAAUCACCCUUGAGAAGAGAUUUGAAAACCGCCUCCACUUGAACAAUGUUACAAGAUACUUCACUCUAUCAGACCUUCAGAUAGACGAUGCUGGGGUUUAUACUGUUGAGAAUACAGACGAAGGGAAAAAAACAAAAAUUCAGCUCACUGUAUACAAUGUUGUUUCCAAACCUCAGGUGACGGAGUGUGACAGCAGCUCCUGUAGUGUGGUGUGUUCUGUGGACAAUGAAAAAGAGGUGAACUUGACCUUGUACAGAGGAGAAGAAAUACUAAACCAGACCAGCAGUCCUAACCUCACCACUGAUCUAUCUCUCCGUUUGGAGGUAGAGGGAAAGAACUACUACUCCACCUACAGCUGUGUGGCUGCUAACCCUGUCAGCAAUGAGACAGUUCAUGUCCCAAAAUGUUGCAGUGAAGAUGGUCGUCCUAAUGAUGCAGACAGUGGUGAGAGGAGUCGGGGUAUGCUUAUUAUUGCUGUAAUCUGCGUUCUGGUUGCCUCAGGGCUGGUUGGACUUGUAAUCUAUCAAAAGAAGAGUAGAAAUGGACACUCACAAGGCAGAUUCAUCCGAAAGAGUGCAAGUUGACAUUGAUUAUGCAUCGAUAACUCCUAAAAAACGAACAGAUCAUCAGGAGGAGCGAACAGAGAUACCAGAAUUGGAGUCACGUAGACAACCCUAACCUGACAUCAGUUUAUGAUACACUCCUGUUACAUCGCAUGGCUGCCAGCAGGGAUGUUGACACAGCAUGAAAGAGCAAAACGGGAAGUAAAUGGGAGGCUGAAAUGAUAACUGACAUCCUGUAGAGGAAAUAAGUAACCUUCCUACAGUGGUUCCUCCUUUAAAAAUUGUGAGUUUACACCGCGGGAUUUAGAGCUAUAUAAAACACACAUUCGUUUUCAGUAUGCAGCAGCAUGGACAACGUGUACAUUUAACAGCCAAAACAUGACUCCCACCCUUUAUUCAAGAGCAUGCUGAAUUGAGCCCAACCCUGCUGUGAAUCUCUUCCGGGAGGAAAUCACAAGUGUAUCCCAGACCAACCCCACGGAUUGUGACGUCAGCCUGGCUCAGACUGCGAUGGAGGAUUCUGGCCAACAGGGGGUGACCUUGCCACACACCGAGGGAGAACGUACAGCCCAUACUCAGAGGAGCAAGUCAGUAGGAGGAGUCAGAGAGAAGCUCCAAUCAGAGCUGAGAGGGAGAUACGUGUCAUUGUGUGAUGGAACCCCAGCAGGACAAGAGGUGUGGAGUCACUGCCUCACACACUCCUACGUUGAACUCCUCAUCACAGAGGGCAACGUCCAAUGGCACAACGAUAGGCAUGCUGCCACGCGACCCGUAAGGCCACCAUCAGAUAUGCCCACUGCUAAUGAGGAAGUAACGAUCAAGCUUGACGAUAUCUUCAAACCGCCGCUAUCUCCGGAUCGGCCUCAAGUAAAAACCGUCCUGACGAAGGGACCCGCAGGCUCAGGGAAGACUGCGAGUGUCCAGAAGUUUGUUUUGAACUGGGCCGAGGACAGAGCCAAUCAGGAAGUCGACUUCUUGUUUGUCUUUCCCUUCAGUGAACUCAAUUGGCUGAUAGACCGGAGCUUCAGUCUGAGUGGCCUCAUCAGCCACUUCCACUUGUCCAUGACGUCGGAGAGUGAGAACCCCGGUCUGGAUCUGAGUCGGUCUAAGGUGGUCUUCAUCUUGGACGGUUUGGACCAAUUCAACCUUCCCCUGGACUUUGAAAGCAUAUCAGUAGAGUCUGACAUCAAUAAGGAGAUGCCUUUGCCCAUCCUCCUAGCGAACCUCAUCUGGUGUCAGCUGCUUCUUCCCUUUGCCUACGUCUGGGUGAUCACCAGGCCUGCGGCUGCCAGUUUCAUCCCCAUCGACUUCCUCCCCCAACAACAGUGCUUGACAGAGAUACGGGGCUUCGACGACACCCAGAAGAGGGAGUUCUUUAGAAAGAGGUUUGGCAAUCAGAUUCUGGUGCACAAAGCUAUCGCCCUAGUCAUGAAAGCUAUUGCCCUAGAGUCAUCACGGAACCUCUGCGUCCUGUGCCAAACACCGUUGUGCUGUGAGAUGUUGGCGACCAUUUUAGAAAACACUGAGGCGGGAGAGUGUGUCGAGAUAGACACUCUGACGCAACUAUACACUCACUUUUUGCUUGUUCGGAUUGGUUUGAAGAACGAUCGAAAUGGUGAACACUCAGAAUCAAUCAGAGAGGUUAUUCGUAAGCUUGGGAAGCUGGCUUUUCUACAACAGGAAAGAGGAAGCCUCAUAUUCAGCGAGAGCGAUGUGAAGGAAUGCGGAAUCAACGUCUCUAAAAGUUCCACAUUCCACAGGUUGUGUAGGCCGCUCAUCGCAGGGUGUGAGAUGUACCUGGAGGAAAUGUACCGCUUUGCAUACACAGGCAUUCAAGACUACCUAGCUGCCCUGCACGUGUUUCUCACCUACACAAAUAAAAGGAGAAACCUAGUACUCCAACCUACUACACUCUUUGAUCGAUUGAAAGGGACGUUCAGGAGAGCAACCCUUUUAAACCUCCACAGAUGCACCGUGGACAGGGUUUUACGGAACACGCACGGAACUUAUGACCUCUUCCUCUGCUUCCUCCUUGGCCUCUCAACAACACCCAACCAGACUCUCUUAGAUCUAGCAUGUCUAGGGAAAGGUUUAAAGGUCACAGGCUCCAAGGGGAUUACAGAGAUCACGGCGGAAUACAUCAAGCAGGCGAUCAAGGCUGAGCCUUACCCUCAGACCACACUGGCGCUUUUCCGCGGUCUGCGGGAGCUAGGGGACGCCUCGCUGGGCAGGGAGGUCCGACGCUACCUGGCCUCCGAGUCCCGGUGGGGGUUCCUGCUGGAGCCCGACCAAUGCUGGGAGCUGGCGGACAUGCUUUGGGCAGGCGGGGAGAUGGAGAGGGAAGUGUUUAGGGAGAUGGAACGUUUGAGUUGGAUGCGCCGAAUGAGCAUGUGGGGCUUUUGGAGGAUGCAGACUGUACUGGGGGACAGACAUUGGCAGGUCUACUAGAAAGACAUCACUGCUGUAUGAAUGGUCUACUAGGGAGACAUCACCACGGACUGUACUGCCACAUCUACUAAAUUGCCACUGCAUGAGACUGUUGAGGAAUUUCAAGUUUAGAGAGGUGUAUAGGUACAUUAGGAAGGUAGGUUUGAGUGUUUUAUAUGUAGAGAAAGAGAAAGUGAUGAUUGCAAUCCAUGUUUAUGGCUCUGAGUAGUGGGUAGUAGAGUCUACUGAAAAAUCUUAAAAUCAAUCGAUUCUUCAAACAAACAAACUUUAUUUGCUUAGAGCUUUGUACAAGCUAACUUGCCGAUCACAUGGCAGAAGUCAUAGCGCAGUUGAGAUUGGUCAUAGUGCCAAUAGACUCCAGGUAGAAGUGCCAUGUCAGAGCACCUCUCCAGUUGCUAGGUACCUUCUUUACCGCCACCACCCUGAACAGCUCGUAGGGUGGCACCAGCACAUUGAGGCCUGAAGAGGAGCGGCAGUGGCGCGAAUGCAAGCGGGGCAGCAGGUGCCCGUGGCACGUCCGGAUGGUCAGGUCAAAGCUGGAGCUGUACCGCCGCGUGGACGCCAGGACAAAGUGCCCGGUGCGCACCUGAUCCCCCACCUCCCCUCGCAAGUUGUCCCCGCGCCCGCUGUCAGCAUACACCAGCAGGCAGCCCUUCCCAUCCUGCUCCGCCUCUGCCUCCUCCCGCCCUAUCAGGAGCCGCAGGGCGUCGGUCAGCAGGAAGUGGAGGGACUUGAACAGGAAGUACCGGCGGUAAACAUUGGCGUCGGGGCCCAGAGAUCUAGCUUCCACGUCGAAGAUCAAAGGGAAGGUGCGGUUGUAUGUGUUUGUGUAGAGGGUCAACGCUGUGACAUGGAGGUCGGUGAGGUUCGCCACCGUCACAUUGCAGCGUUCAGCUUGCGACCAGGCGGUGGAGAAAGAAGGGCUGGCCUGGCGUUCCCUGGUCAGCAGGUCGCCCGCGGUGAUGUUCCCCAUCAUCUCUUCCCUGCACGUCGGGUAGCGGUCGUCCACCGAGCUCAGUUCCAUGUUCAACCGCUCCUCAUCACACCGACACUGGCACUGCUGAGGACAGCUAUACAGCAUUACAAUCAUUCUGGCACUGCAGAGGACAGCUAUACAGCAUUACAAUCAUUCUGGCACUACUGAGGACAGCUAUACAGUGUUAGAAUCAUUCUGGCACGGCUGAGGACAGCUGUUCACUGUUAGCAUAUAUACUGUAUAUGGCUACAUAUAUAAAUAUAAAGCUCUGGCUUCCUGUAAAUUGUGUCACCAAUAUAUUCAAAUAAUAUGUACAACUGGGGUGACAGGUAGCCUAGUGGUUAGAGCGUUUGGCCAGUAACCGAAAGGUUGCUAGAUCAAAUCCCUGAGCUGACAAGGUAAAACUCUGUCGUUCUGCCCC